AUGGCCCCUGCGACGAUACCCACGUCGGUGGACGAGCUCCCGACGAAAGAAGAGCUGAAGGAGGAGGUCAAGGAGAAAGCAAAGGGUGCCGUGUCGGGCCUGAGGUCUCUCGCCGCUGGUGGUGUCGGAGGCAUCUGCGCCGUGAUCGUGGGCCACCCCUUUGACCUGGUCAAGGUGCGACUUCAGACGGCAGAGAAGGGAGUCUACAGCGGAGCGAUGGACGUGGUCAGGAAGACGGUCGCCCGGGAAGGUCUCGCGCGGGGUCUCUACGCCGGUGUAUCUGCGCCCUUGGUCGGCGUCACGCCCAUGUUCGCCGUCAGCUUUUGGGGCUACGACAUGGGCAAGAGGUUGGUCGACACCUUCAGCACGGUCCCCGUCGUCAACAACACCCGGCAAUACAGCAUCGGCCAGGUGUCGGCGGCCGGCUUCUUCUCCGCCAUCCCCAUGACCUUGAUCACCGCCCCCUUUGAGCGGGUGAAGGUGCUCUUGCAGAUCCAGGGCCAGAAACAACUCGCUCCCGGCGAGAAACCAAAGUACAGCGGCGGCGUCGAUGUCGUGAGACAACUGUACAAGGAAGGUGGCAUCCGCUCCGUGUUUCGAGGAAGCGCCAUGACCCUGGCCCGUGACGGACCUGGCUCGGCGGCCUACUUUGCGGUGUACGAGUACGUCAAGCGCAGUCUCAGCCCGAAGGACGAGAACGGAAACGCCACGGGCGAGCUCAGUCUACCCGCCGUCAUGACCGCGGGUGGUGCGGCGGGCGUGGCCAUGUGGAUUCCAGUCUUCCCCGUCGACACCAUCAAGUCCAGGAUACAGACCGCGGAAGGGCGGCCGACGAUAAGUGGUGUCAUUUCGGGAGUGUACAGGAGCGGAGGUGUCAAGGCUUUCUUCCCAGGGUUCGGACCUGCUUUGGCCAGAGCGGUGCCGGCCAACGCGGCGACCUUUGUGGGAGUGGAAUUGGCUCACAAGGCCAUGAACCAGAUGUUUGGUUGA